CAGGGGCCACAUCUCCUGAGCUCAAGCCCUGGGAGUUAACCCAGAGCAGGGCUGGCCAGGCAGCAAAGCUCUUCUCUUCUUCCUCAUGAUGCAAUACCCUGAAAUCAGCUUUCAUCCCAGCCCUGCUGCAACCCAGUGCUCCUUAUUUACCCUUCAAACAGGAAAAGCAACUCUCAGCAUAACUCUUCUACAAAAUCUCUAUGAGAAGCCUCACUGAAGGGCUCCUUUUAUCAACAUGAGGCUCUUUAACCCUGAGCACACAUCUCACAUGUGACAGUUUAUCUUAGGACUCCAGUGGAGUUUCCAGGAUGAACAUUCAUCAGGCUGCACUCCCAAAUUUCAAAGGGUAACUUGUGACUUUUGGCCACCCCCUUGGCUGUGCUUUCUCUCCCCAUCACUAUGAGGACGGCAGGCCUGAUCCGAUACUUGGCUGUGUUCUUCACGCUGCUGGGCACAUGGUUCAUCCUGCAGAUGUACUUCGAUCAGAGCUGGAAAGCCAUCAGCCUGAGGAGCUGGACUGGUGAGCUCCACUCCUCCCUCACAGGCCAGCAGCUGCCCCAGCACAGGUGUGGGAGCCAUAAGAGCUGCCCCCAGAACCAUUUUGCCUUCAAGAUCAUCAGCGGCACCGCAAACGUGGUGGGACCCUCCAUCUGCUUCGAUGACGUGGUCCUCAUGAGCAGUGUGAAAAACAACAUUGGCAGAGGCUUGAACAUCGCUUUGGUGAAUGGAACUAAUGGGCAGCUCCUGACAGCUGACACGUUCGACAUGUACUCUGGAGAUGUACAUUAACUGGACACUUUCCUCCAAGAGAUCAAGCACGACACCAUCAUGCUGACAGACAGCUACGAUGACCCUGCCACAAAGAUGAAUGACAAGGUGCGGGAUUUCAUUAAGCUGGGCAGCAGCCACGUGAGCAAGCUGGGCUUCAGGGGCAACUGGGUCUUCUUGGGAGCAAAAGGGUUGAAGAACAAGAGCCCCUUUGAAGAGUACAUCAAAAACAAUAAGACAACAAAUAAAUACGACAGCUGGCCUGAGCUGCUGGAGAUGGAAGGCUGUGCGCCCAGGAAAAUGGAUUAGCAUCAAGCCCCAGCCUGCCAUGGAGGGCAGUUUCCACCAGUCUCACAGAGACACCAGCCCCAUAGUGAGGUCCCCAACCACCCCACACCAACCCCAGCUCCCCAGCUGCUUGGUCACACAGCCUGGCAGCAGCUCCCAGAAACUGACCCCAUGUGUAGGGCUCAAAAGAGCUGUACAAGUGCCUUCAGAGCCUGAGGCUUCAGCCAAGCUGUCCUCAUCUAUGGGUCGAUUCAGGGUAUUUUAUUCUU